AUGUCCGGCGAGGGUAGCGGUCAAGGUCAGGGCGGCCAUGGAAGAAGCGUUUCGUUGCCCACCGUUAGGGGGUUCACCACCCAAAUACGUCCUCCUGUUCAGCCGCCGGCCACCCCACCAUCAACCGCCGAUGGGCCUCCAACGUUGGCCACUCUGCCAAGCGAGGCCGAGUUUCAGACCGUGACACUGAGCCCCACUCAGCCCGCGUCUCGGGUAGUCGGGUUGCCCCAGCACCUACCAGCGCCAAUCAUGGGCGCUGAGGAUAUGGCGGCAGGGGAUUGGUGCAAGUUUAUUCUUACGUCCCCCUUCCCAUUCUCCGUGGCGCUCUCCGGCCAUAAGUUGAAAGGCAAGCUCUUGGGAAAGAUGUUGAACAUGCCAGGUAAGAAUGAACCAGUUCUUCGGCCUGGAUGGAGGAUCGACUGGGAUGCGACGAAGUUUUUCACCAGAAUCAACUCUUCACUAGCCAACGUUGAAGCGGUGGUUAUGCAGUGCGUUGGAAACGUGAUCACGGAUCCAGAGAAGAUGUGCGAAACUUGCAGCACGAGGAAAGGCCCAUUUGCCUUCUGCGUGACAGUGGGGGGGAUUGAGGAGUGUGCGAAUUGCCACUGGGACAGGGAAGAACACCGAUGUUCUUUCAACACUAAUCCCUCGACCCCAAAGUCCCGACGUAGCUCGAAGCUGUACACACAGGCGGAGAUUUUGGAGUUCGAGAAAGAGCGUGAAGACCUUCGCAAGGAGAAGGCAGGCUUGGAUGCUCAGUUCAUCGCGUUUCGCAAGCAGCUGGAAAAGGUCGGGCAAGGCUGCAGAACGGCUUUGCGAUCACACCCCGAACGGCUCACCCCCCCGGUGCCUGUUGGAGAAAUGGCGGCCAAGCUGGACAGUUACCGCCGUGAGCUCGAGGGACGUUGGCUUUGGGACGUGGAUUCACUCAUCACGACCAUGCAAACCGACUUCGGACUUAUCGGCGACAAAACCAGAGACAUCAUUGAACGACAGGAUGUAUUGACCACCCUGUAA